AUGACCCCUCGACAGCGAUCUAUAUUCCACUGCAAGCGUGCCACGAGACACCACCAAGAUGAAGUGAUUUCGGGGUCCCCGCAGACACCGUUCAGCCCGCACACGGCCGUGUGCCCAAACCCAACAAAACGACCAUGCCCGCGACGGCGAGUGCCAAUAUGGCUUCCUUAUUCAAAGAUGGUGCCACCAUCAAGAACAUAUCAACGAAAAUCAUCAGCAGCGUAUUUUUCACUUCAUAUAAUAAUAUACCCAAUCCAUUACAAAAUGUCAGGAAUGUCGCAAGUAGUACAACCAAGCUGCUCGUUGCUUUUAAGCAACGAGCCAACAACUCCUCUUUCUUCUAAAGCAAUAUGUAAUUUAAACGACACAGAAUGGGAUAAAUUAACAAGGAGUGACAUGGCUGGAAAAUUAUUAGAUUACCUAGACAAAUUGUACGAUAAAAACGAUGAAUCUGAAACUAUCACAGACUGGUUAAAUGAAGAAAAAUUCAUUGACCUUCCAAUAUUUGAUGAUUUCAUGACAAACACUUCUCCAAACAAUAUUGAAAUGAAACCAAUGGAAUAUCAGAAGUUUGUCCCUUCCAACAAAGCUAUCCAGUAUCAACCAUAUCCUACCCAACAGUAUGCACCUAUGUACUGCCAUGAAACAUCCAUUCAGCCAAAAUUCAACUAUGUUCCACCCACUUCAUUGACACCGCCUGAAAGUCCCAAAGAUACCGAUGUCCUAAUGUCUAUGCUAGAUGAUAUGCAACCAGAAGAACUCAGUCAGUUGGUAGUUGACGAAGACACAUUAUCAGACUUUAUGUCAUCAGACGCUAGUAGCCAUACCGAUUCAUACAGUGAUAUAACAACUAAACGAGACAAACCAUACUCUCCAAAGGCUCCCAACGAAGAAAAGCGAUUACGCAAAAAAGAACAAAACAAAAAUGCAGCAACAAGGUACAGGAUGAAGAAAAAAGCUGAAAUCAAGGAAUCUGUAGUAGAAGAGAAACAACUUUUGCAAAGAAAUGAUACUCUCAAGGACGAAGCUAAAGAACUGGCUAGAGAAAUUAAGUAUUUGAAAUCGCUGUUGAGGGAUGUUUACAAAGCCAAGGGACUAUUGAAUUGA